AUGCCCACAGGAGAGCCCGAUCCACCUGAUGGCGCGAGAAACGACCUCUCCGUGCUGGGCGUUUUACCACGCCUUAGCGAGAACUACGCCGUGCCCGUCGCACAGUCGCCGCCUCGUGAGCCGUCACCAGAGUGUGUGGUAGGAACGGUUUAUCCGUUCGAGCCGCCAAACUCACCCACGGCGUGGGAGCCACAUCCUGACAUAGAAUUAGUUCCCGGAGGUGGCGAGGGCUCGUCAAAGCCGCCUACUGCUUCGCCUUCGACUGUCAGCACCGCGCCCGUCAAGCGACCGCAUGAGGGAACUACGUACAAGCAGCAGACGCUCUGGGGCGCCCCUCCUCCCCGAAACGCUACUUCACACAAGUUCCAUGCUCCUUCGGUCGAUCCGAAGCCACCCACCGCUCUGGCGGAUGCUGAGUACGAGUCGGUGAAGAAGACGUUUGAGGGUCAGUGGGCAGGUAGUUUCAAGUGGUUGCGUUUGCUCCGCAUGUCUAACGGACGUCCGUCUUUGAAGUGUGCCAUUUGUGUGAAGCACGGAGAUCCACUAGCGCACACCGCAUAUGGGGCGAAGGGUGAGGGUACUCGGGAUCUCCAGAUCGGCAGCAUCCGUACUCACUCCUCGACCCGUGCACACAAGAACGCGGUGGAGAAUCAAGAGAAGGCGGAGGCGGAGAAGGCGAAGCAGGCCACACUCACUCGGUGGCAGAUCACGGACGCUUCCACCCGUCACAUCAUUCGGCUCCUCCACAUCGCGCUCUUCGUCUGCAAGGCGGACGCACCCAUAGCGAUGUUCGUCCCGCUGUGCUGCGAGGCACUCGCUGCUAGUGAUGCUGCUGAAGAGGUACCUGAGCUGCUAAUGAUUGACGAUGUCGUGCGCGCCUUCGCUGACCACAUCGGCCGCAGCAGCGUGGACUACCAGAAGUUUCAAGAGAUGCAGCGGAUCUUCUGCCAGACGAAUCUAGAGGCGCAGGGGAUUAGCGAUACCCGCGGGCUCGCCCGUGGUGAAGCGAUCCAGCGCCUGCUCGACGUGCUCCCUGCGGCCGUAGUGGUGUUGAAGGAUUACAAGGCGGAACUGUACGAGGUGGUUACCUCGUUCAAGUUCCACUGGCUCAUCCGCUUUCUUGCGGAUGUGCUUUGGGAACUUAACUGCCUCAACCAGCGCUUCCAGCAGCGGCAGGUAAGCGCCUCUGUCGUUGUCGUUUAUGUUGUCGCAAGCCAUCACGUGCACUACCUGACUCCUUGUCAUGCCCUUGUGCAGGUGGACGUUACCCUUGUUGCGCACAUCGUGCAGCAGAUAAGGUUGCGUCUGAAGACGCGGUUUUCCCUCCGCGACCCUUCCCACCAUUUCGGCAGCGGGGAGAAAAUGCAGCUUCCCGAGUUCAUUCAGAGGCACCAGGCGAAGGAUAAGCGCGAGAUGAAGGCGGAGGGCGUAGACGGGGACGGGAAUCCCGUCAAGUUUGAAUUCACGCUGCACGAGCGCCCGCUGCCAGGACAUGAAACGGAUGGCGAUGUCACGGCGUGCGUCGAGCUGUUGAUCAAGUAUGUGCGCGCCAUUGACAAAGAGCUGGAGUGGCGGAUGCGCGACCUGCAGCUGCUGGAAGGUGCGAAGCUGUUUCGCACAGCUUCGUACGUGUCCGACGACACGAAGCGCGUGGAAACUUUCAAGAAGUGGCUCGGCCAGCUGCACAAGUUGUACCACAACAAGCUGCCAUGUAAGCCUUGUGUGGCGAUAGCAAAUCUUAUGACGUGUGUUGUCGCAACGAAUUCUGAUUUGAGGAUGACCCGUGCACGUACUGCUGUCCGAUGCUUGUUGGACUAA